AUGCUUGAGAACAACCCAGAUGUCAUGAACGAGCUAGCAGAGAAACUAGGUCUUUCAUCAUCCCUCCAGUUCUUCGACAUCUACUGUCUAGAUGGUCCUGAACAUUUCGCCCACAUCCCUCGCCCUGCUCUGGCUCUGUUGGUCAUCAUCCCACUCACGGACGCCUGGGAUCGGAACCGCAAAGCCGAGGACCGGGACAAGGAGACUUACCGUGGCUGUGGACCAGAGGAGGCCGUGAUCUGGUUCAAGCAAACCAUCGGCCAUGCAUGUGGCUCCAUCGGUCUGCUGCACAGUCUGAUCAAUGGCCCUACCGUUGAGUUCAUCAAACCCGACUCCGAGCUCGCAAAGAUUCGCAGCCUUGCUAUUCCACUGGAUUUGAUCAAGCGUGCCGAGAUGUUGUACAACAACGAAGCUUUCGAGGUCGCUCACAAGUCAGUCGAGCAAGGAGGGGACAGUGACGCCGAUCCAAAAGACAAGCGCGAAGGUGGACAUUUUGUCAGCUUUGUCAAGAGUGAAGGCAAGCUAUGGGAGCUUGAGGGUGACAGAAAAGGUCCUUUGGACAGAGGAAGCCUUGAUGACAACGAAGAUGUUCUCAGCCCGCGAGCAUUGGAUUUGGGUAUCAAGAGAAUUAUCAAGCUGAACGCAGGUGGAGGUGAAAAAGACCUCCUAUUCAGCUGCAUUGCUUUGGCUCGCAAGCUCGAGUAA